AUGGCUGAUAUAACACAAAUGGAUCUGUAUGAAUUAUUUGGUGUUAACGAAACAAGUUCAAUUCAAGAAUUAACAACAGCAUUUCGAAAAAAAGCUUUAACAUGCCAUCCAGAUAAAUAUCCAAAUGAUGAUGAAAAAAAAGAACUUUUUUUACUUAUAAAACGAGCAUUAGAAUUAUUAACAGAUAAACAAGCUCGAGAAGCUUAUGAUACAUGUCGAAAACAAAAAAAAAUUCAUCAAGAACGUUUAUCACAAAUGGAUGAUAAACGAAAAAAAUUUAAAGAAGAUCUUGAACGUAAUGAACAAAAAGCAUCACGAACAACAAGUUCAACAAUAAAUAAAUCUAUGACAAAUAAAUUACGUGCUGAAAUUGAACGUUUAAGACGUGAAGGAAAUCGUCUUGUUGAUGAAGAACUUGAAAAACUUCAUACAAUGUUUGAACAAGAUAAACAAAAAAUUUCAUCCAAUCAUGUAAAUAUAAUUAUUAAAUAUAAUCCAAAUACUAAACCAUAUACAGAUGAUGAACUUCGACAAGUAUUUAAUAAAUAUGGAAAUAUUUCAACCAUUGUUAAUAUUAAUGUUAAACGUGCAUUAAUUGAAUUUUAUGAUGAUCAUAUAUCACAAUUUAUUGAAAAUGAACAGGGUUUAGAUGGACGACCAUUUGCUUCAGUUAAAAUUCAAAAACAAAAAAAUACCACAACAACAACAUCAUCGCCAUCAUCAUCAUCAUCAUCAACAAAAAAACAACAUGAUAUUGUAGAUUUAACAAAACCUGAUUUUGAAGAUUUUGAAGCCAUGAUCUUGAAAAAAAUGGCUCAACAAACAACAACUUCAUAA